AUGGAUGUCUCAGGAGCUACGUCUAGAUCUUUACCCAUUUUGCCUUCUCCUUUGGAAGAGAAAUAUCCCAAGCUACCAGAUUCACAUCAGGUUACUUUAGCACAGGAAUUGACUAGUAAUCUCAAAUCUUCUUGCCCUGCUACACUGUCAACUAACAACCAAACUACGGGGAAUUUGUUUUCAUCUCCUUCUGGAUGCUCUACCGAUCUUCAGUCUUCUUGUAUGUCACCUCAAACAAGUCGAUUAAAAGUUUCUCCAUUCAUUUCUAAGUCACCGAAUGAAAGAGUGUCUUUUGCAUCAAACCAGCCUCCGGAUGAAGUAAAGAAAUCUAGACCAUUGAAUGGGUACAAUACAGAGAAAGAUAAUAUUUCUUGGAGUACAAAUGCAACUGAGAAUUUUCUCGAUCUUUGCAUGAACAUUCCAGUACAGAAUGGCCAAAUUGAAACCUGUACUGGUGUAAUGGCUUCAGAAGACCAUACCAAGGGAACUGAUUGGCAGGAUUGGUCGGAUCAGUUGGUCACGGUUGAUGAUACACUGGACUCAAAUUGGAGUGAUCUCCUAGUUGAUGUCAAUUUUCUUGAUUCAGAGCCCAAGCUGCUGGACUUGCCACCUAACGUGUCUGCGCAUCCACCACAAAUUAAUCAGCAGCAGCAGCAUCCUGUGUCAAGUGCAAAAGAUUCUCCUGUAGGUAGCCUUCCUGCUGCUGCACCCUUGACUAAAGCACGAAUGCGUUGGACCCAAGAACUUCAUGAAGCCUUUGUUGAUGCGGUCAAUAAACUUGGUGGUAGUGAACGAGCUACACCAAAGGGUGUCUUGAAGCUCUUGAAUGUUGAAGGCCUAACAAUCUAUCACGUGAAAAGCCACUUGCAGAAAUAUAGAACUGCCAAAUACAAACCAGAGACAUCAGAAGGAACUUCAAAGAAGAAGUCAAAUACGAUCGCUGAGACGACAUCCCUCGACUUGAAAACGACAAUGGGAAUAACAGAAGCACUAAGAAUGCAGAUGGAAGUACAGAAGCAACUCCAUGAACAACUUGAGAUUCAAAGAAAUCUGCAGUUGCGAAUUGAAGAACAAGGAAAACAUCUGCAGAUGAUGUUUGAACAGCAGAGGAAGAUGGAGAAAGGAAAGCUGAAAUGCCCAUCAUGGGACUCGAAUGAAUCUUCCAAAUUGCUUUUUACAGAGAAGCAGCCUUCCCUCGAUAAAGAGAAACCUGAACCCUUUGAAGUAAAAGCUGUUUCAACUGAUGCCAUCAUUUCAGCAACCGAACAUCCAAAUGACAUGCAAAAGUCACCCGAAAGGAAACUUUGUGAGGAUAAUAAACUGAAUAGACCAGCAAAACGAGCCAAAUCUGAUGAAACUGAAGCAUCUUGA